UGCCAACCCCGUGUCAAUGCGCUGUCUGUAUUUGAGGGUGAAUUUUAGAAGAUACGGUGUGGAUGUUAGGGUACAGUCGCACUUGACUGGACUGAAACUCAGGACACUUACUAAGAGCAGAUCCGGGCAUAUUCUUGGAAUAUCAGAUAGAGAUCACUGUGUGUAACGUUGCCGAGAAUAUUGUCACGGGGGAAAUUGCUGAAACAGAGAACGGUUCCUUCCAGUUUUACCAACGUAUCCUGACAGUUUACCCCCUCCAAACAGAUGCACCGUGGCGCACCGCUUGACUGGAGCGAUGUGUGAACUAGAUGAUCCUACCGACCAAUCUUUGGACCAUGUGACCGAGCUGAAAGAGCGACCUGCAGUUUUACUACCACGGCAAGUGAGCGGCGCAGGGCGUGACACCGAGAGAGCGGUGGAAAGGGGAAUGGGUGUGGGGAAGAACACCACCUCCAAGUCGGUGGAUUCCGGAGAAGAGGGAGGGAAAUAUGAAGAGGACAGUAAACAUGGUGCAGACUUCUACCCCAUUCCUGUGGUGUUAAAUGGGGUGAGCCAGGCUGCUGCUGAUCAGGACACUGAAAACACAGAGCUCAUGGCCAUUUACAUCAAGGAGAAUGAAGGGGCAGAAAAGAGCUCUCUGUCGGAGACAGUGGACAGUGCUGACAGUGUAGAUGCUAGACGGAUGGACAUGAUAUACACCAUCGAGGACACUCCUCCCUGGUACCUCUGUGUCUUCCUGGGCCUGCAGCACUACCUGACCUGCUUCAGCGGGACCAUCGCCGUUCCCUUCCUCCUGGCCGAGGCCAUGUGUGUGGGCUUCGACCAGUGGGCCACCAGCCAGCUCAUCGGCACCAUCUUCUUCUGCGUGGGCAUCACCACCCUGCUGCAGACCACGCUGGGCUGUCGCCUCCCCCUGUUCCAGGCCAGUGCGUUUGCCUUUCUUGCCCCUGCCCGUGCCAUCCUGUCCCUGGAGAAGUGGAAGUGCAAUGCUACAGUCGUUCCAGUAGUGAACAGUACAGAGCUGAUGCACACAGAACACAUCUGGCACCCUCGGAUACGAGAGAUCCAGGGAGCCAUCAUCGUGUCGUCCCUGAUCGAGGUGUGCAUCGGAGCCCUGGGGCUCCCUGGGGUCCUGCUCAAAUACAUCGGCCCCCUCACCAUCACCCCCACCGUGGCCCUGAUCGGCCUGUCUGGGUUCCAGGCUGCCGGCGAGAGAGCGGGCAAACACUGGGGCAUCGCCAUGCUAACGAUCUUCCUGGUGCUGCUGUUCUCUCAGUACGCCCGCAACGUGCAGCUGCCUCUGCCCAUCUAUAAGGCCAAGAAGGGCUGGACCUCGUACCGCCUGCAGCUCUUCAAGAUGUUCCCGAUCAUCAUGGCGAUCCUGGUAUCGUGGUUCCUCUGUUUCAUCUUCACCGUGACAGACGUCUUCCCCCCUCAGAAGGACCGAUACGGCUUCUAUGCCCGCACAGAUGCGCGGCGGGGCAUUCUCGCCGCUGCCCCCUGGUUCAAGAUCCCCUACCCCUUCCAGUGGGGUCUGCCCAAUGUGACGGCGGCUGGAGUGAUCGGCAUGCUGAGCGCAGUGGUGGCCAGCAUCAUCGAGUCCAUCGGGGAUUACUACGCCUGUGCCCGCCUCUCCUGCGCCCCCCCGCCCCCCAUUCACGCAAUCAACAGGGGAAUCUUCAUUGAGGGUCUGUCCUGUGUGCUGGAUGGUGUGUUUGGGACAGGAAAUGGCUCCACUUCCUCCAGUCCCAACAUCGGGGUGUUGGGAAUCACUAAGGUGGGGAGCAGGCGUGUGAUCCAGUAUGGGGCGGCGCUGAUGCUGCUGCUGGGUUUGGUGGGAAAGUUCAGUGCUCUCUUCGCCUCCCUCCCCGACCCGGUCCUGGGGGCGCUCUUCUGCACUCUCUUUGGCAUGAUCACCGCCGUGGGCCUCUCCAAUCUGCAGUUCGUCGACCUCAACUCCUCCCGCAACCUCUUCGUCCUGGGCUUCUCCAUCUUCUUCGGCCUGGUGCUGCCAAGCUACCUCAAAGAGAACCCCCUGGUCACAGGUAUUGUGGAGAUCGACCAAGUGCUCAAUGUGCUUCUGACGACGGCGAUGUUUGUGGGAGGAUCUGUGGCAUUUGUGCUGGACAAUACUAUUCCUGGAUCUCUGGAGGAGAGAGGGAUCAGGAAGCUCAAGAGGGGCUCGUGCCCCAAUGCAGCUGAGCUGGAAGGCAUGCGCUCGUAUGACCUUCCCUUCGGCAUGGACUUCCUGCGCAGACACCGCAUCUUUCAGUACCUGCCCAUCAGCCCGACUUUCGCUGGGUACAACUGGGGGGCUGUGCGGGCAGGCUGCAGGAGGCAGGGAGGGGGUGGAGAGGGAGGAGGCGGGGCUCCCGGAGGUGGGGAAAGUGGGGUAUAGCAGUGAGCAACAGGGAGAGACGGACGGCCAGUUUGCAGGGGGGGAGAGAUUUCUGAGCGAUGUGACAUUCCAACUUUUUUUUCCCUAGGUGUUUUGAUUUUUCUCUAUCCACCACCUCUUGAAAAACAAAGUUAUUCUGUGGUGCUGUGGUUAGUACAGUAGUAAUUGUGGUCCCGUCACUACAAUUUGGGGGUGCCACUACCACUUCAACCUUGUCACCCUGCUGUUGAUGUAUAUGUGUUACACUGAAUAUCACAGAUGUGUUUUGAUAAUACAACUGUGUUGUAUCGUAUCAGUGGCUCUCCAGGAAACCUAAUGCCUAAGUCCCUCUCUCUCUUUCUCUGUGUGUGUGUGCAUGUAUGUGUAUGUAUAUACAUAUAUACACAUACAUAUAUGUAUGUUUUUAAUGCACUCGGAAUUUCUGUGAAAAUCACACUAAAUUUACAGAUGAGUGCAAAAAGAAAAAUCAGAUCUUUAUUUUCAGCUCUGGAGCCAAAAUACUUCUGCAGAAUGACAUAAGUGAAUCCAGAUGGCUGACUGACUGUUGAUUUCCACAGCUUUAAAAUUAGAUCGGAAUUGGAAAUGAAAACACUUGGGGGGGGGGGGGGGGGGGGGGGGGGGCAUAAAAAAUGGAAUGCUCCCUGCAGCGCUCCACCAUGUGGUGGUGGAGUGGAAGCUUCACUGUCAGUCGCACUGGAGCUGGAGGGCACAUGGAAAGAGACGGACAGGUCGAGGGAAUUCAUUUAUACACUUACAGCAAAAGUUUCAAAGUGGCAUUCAACAGCAAUGGUCUCUCAAGGUCCUUUUUUAGCAAACCUGCACAGCUUUUUUUUUGGGGGGGGGAGAGUCCAGGCAAUCGGUGGACAGCAGAAGAGGCUCAAAACAAGUGUCCACCUGCAGACACGCACACGCACAUACUCAGACACAGGAUAAAUGCAUGCAUGAGGGUGAAGUCACGUUUAUGCAAGUAGUUUGUCAUAUUUACCCUAGUAAUGCAAAGUAAUCAUGCUGUUUUGUUUUGCACUACUUAUUGCAGGAAUGAAUGCAGAGAUUGUUCAGCUUUUCUAUUUAUUGGGAUAUGCCUUGAAAUCCCCGCCACCCUAAAUGCAAAUUUGAAGCAAGGCUUGAUGGGAGAGAAAGCCUUUUUUCGCUGGAGGGCGAGGAAAGUUCCAGCGGCAGAAGUAACACUGGCACAUUGGCCAGGUAAAAUCCCAGGUCUUACUGGGAUUAAUUAUAGUACCAAGUCAAUAGUUUGCCUCUUUUUCUUCCUUCCUCUGUUACAACUGGAAUUUCAAUCGUUGCUCUGCCAGGUGGGGUGUUUUUACUAGUGCUGGAUGUAGUAGGUUAGUUAUUGGAAAAUGCAACAAAAUUUAGACGGAAUUAUUCCAUAUUACUAUUUACACUGACAGUGCUGAAGUGCUGGAAUCCUCAAUAUUCCUCAAUGUAUUUCAUUCAUAACAAGUAAGAAUUUAUUUGAAAGAAUGCAUAAAAGAUUAGAUAAAAGGGGGUUCUGGUUGGUUGACAUUGAGAAGAGAAUUAUGAAUGACAAUCAGGGAGAAAAACAUCAACAGUGCAUGGUUUGCAAAAGGAGCAGAGAGCAACAGAUUUAAGGAAAGCUUUUGAGACUUUGAAUACUUUGAAAACUUUUGCACUCAGGCAGUAAGGCAGAUAGAGAGUAUGCUCAUUUAUACCUGUCUAUAUAGUACCUAUCCUCUGGUCUGCCCUUUGUUUAAAAAGGUGUCAGUUUUACACUGCUUUUCACUUAAAAUGAGUAUAUUUUAUAUUACCAAGACACUGCACCUCAAAAUGUUUUGUUGGGGGGAUGGGGAGGGUUCUGUGUGUACUGGUAAGGAAAGGGGGUUAUAUUUUUACAGGAUUCCAUGAUUCUCAGACUUCUUACUUAAAAUUCCACCUAUUGUACUGUACCUCUUGAUCACUAUUACAGUUAUUCUUUUCAUGUAAUUGUUACUCUUCCUGUUUAGUUUGUGCAUAGAUUUCAACCCUUCCCUAAGGAGCUGUAGUUGUCUCUCCAUGCUUAAACCUGGAGAGUCUCAAAUACAGCCUUCCUCAAGAUGCAAGAUUUAUUCGUGGGAUUAUAUUCUUUCAAAGGCAUUCACAGAGCUAAGAUGUCUGAGCAUGUUUUAGCUUAUCUUAGACAUUUGCAGGUAGACAAUAGGGACCUGCUGUUGGAGGACACACAUGGUGAUAAUUUAUAUUGAUUUCACGCUAUAGAGCUUUAUUCAGACUUGAGAGCAUGAAACAUGGCAUUACUACUGAAGUAGACCAUUUACACUCUAUCUGUAUAUUGAGUCUUUUUCAUGUGUUAAAUUGCUGAGUCCCAGUUCAGCAGAGGAGAUACUGGGUUAGGCCUCAUUCACUGAGCCCUACACACUUUCCCUGGGGUUCAGAUCCACAGUUUACUUGUUUUGGUUUUGUAUCGUCUGGCAGAACUGAGAGAGGAAUUCCAGGCACCCCAUUUUAUAGCAUUUGCACUUCAAUUACAUAGACUCUUACUCGUCAUGAUUACAGUGUCAGCAUUAGUGGUUGGAACUCCAAAACCAGCAGUUUGGGUAGAAUUCUUUGUGCUCUGAUUGGGGCAGGGUUGUGUCAGUACUCUACUAUGUGUAAGGGUGGUGUUCUUCACACAGUUAUCCUUACUUUAUACAUUGGCAGUUCAGCAAGCAUUAAAUAUUAUAAAUACCAAACCGAAAAGAAAAAGUAGUUAGCCACUGCUAAACCUAAAACAAUCACCAAAUUUAAAGGAACAGUUAUUGCAGUGGUCACUGGAUGAAUAUGAGUAAACCAGGUGUAAAGUUAGCACCUCAAUAUUGUUACCAUUGUUUGUUUAUUUAUUAUUUGUCAGUGUUGUGUACAGCAUUGUAAAUCAUAUAGGGUGCUUACCUAUGACUCAAAAGAAAUAUUUAUUGGAGGUUUAAACAUUCAUUGUUUCACAUUUGUACUGGAAAAUUGCAGCAGUGUAAUGUGGGGAAUUGUGUGAAGUUAUGCCAUGACAGGUGUGGUCACGUUUGCUUCUAGUAUAGUGGCUACAGUCGCUUGGGCUGGGUAACUGACAUCCUUAUUAAAAGGAAAGAUGGGUGCUUUUUGGUCAUCCCAUAUUUUUUUUCUUAGCUGUAUUAAAAUGUCUGUAGCUUAUUAAACUGGAUUUUGCCUUUGUGAUUUCAGAAUUCAAGGCAUUUGAAUGUUUUAUUGUUCACAGGGUGGCAGGGCCAAAGGAGAAACAUGAAGCUGUAAUGCAGCUUUUACCUUAAUAAGAUAUUGUUUGUUUCAAUUAAAGAUUGUUUAAUUGGAUAUUGUUCAUGAAACUGGAUUUAAAGUGUGAGACUCAAUCUGACAUUCUCAAACUGUGCAGUAUUUGCACUUUAUGGCCAUACUCAACCUUGUGAAGGAGAGGCAAAAAGUAACCAAAUGUUUGGACAGAAGAGUUCCUGCUGAUGUGUGCGUGUUGCUUACAUGGGAAAGAAUGUAAUAUUUUUGCUGACUUCAAAGGUAUUGUCUGUCCGGCCAUGCUUAAGUGAGGAAUGGGGAAUGUAACAAAGGAUAAGAUAUCAAAGGAUGCUUGGUGGAAGGGUAGAGAGAGGUCAGGUGCCUCUUGUGUAAAAUGCCUUUCACACACACACACACACACACACACACACACACAAUAUGCACACAAAUACGAAAAAAAAAA